AUGGCGCAGUACGGCAAGGCCACCUACUGGGACGAGCGCUACACGAGAGAUGCCGAGCAGUUUGACUGGUACCAGCGCUACGGCGGACUGAAGGAGCUGCUGACGCAGUACGUCCCCAAGACGGCUGCUGUCCUCAUGGCCGGCGCUGGCAACUCGCGGCUGUCGGAGGAGAUGGUGGCCGACGGCUACCAGAAGCUCGUGAACGUCGACGUGUCGGACGUGGUCGUGCAGCAGAUGGCCGCCAAGUACAAGGAGCAGGCGGAGCAGCUGCAGUGGCAGACGAUGAACAUGUGCGCGCUCGAGUGCAGCAACGAGGCAUUUGACGCUGUCGUGGACAAGGGCACGAUGGACUCGAUCUUGUGCGGCGAAGGCUCGACCGCCAACGUGUCAAAAAUGUGUCACGAGGUCUACCGCGUGCUGAAGCCCAAUGGCGUCUACUUUGUCGUGUCGUACGGCGUCCCGACGAACCGCUUGAGCUACUUGGAGAACAAGGAGCUGUCGUGGAAGGUGACAGUCCACACAGUGCCGAAACCCACCGUGAGUGCCGUGCAGGUCUCGGAGGCGGAUGCCAAUGCCGUGCACUACAUUUACGUGUGCCAAAAGGGCGUCGCGGCCGAGUAG